GUGCCAUGCGACUUAAGCAGGUCGAAGGUAAACUGUCAUGUCCGCUGUGUUGGUAACUUUGGCAAGUUCCUCAGCAUUUGCGGCUAUAAAGGUGUGAGUUGUUUACAGUGAAUGCUGGUGACAUGCUGCUGAAAGAGAGUAGACUGUGUGUUUGAAACACGGUCAUUUCAUGAGCGCAGACUCGCUGGAUUGCUGUGGAGGCUUGAAUAACGUGGAUUACAGUCAGAUGGACAUGUCCGUGUUGGCAGACCUGACGGAGCCCCGGUUCUGCGUGGCUGUGAUCGCCAUCAUCUUCAAUCCGUUCUUCUGGAAUGUGGUGGCCAGAUGGGAGCACAGGACCAGAGGUCUGACCCGUCUGUUCGGAGGUCCAUACACGGCCUGUUAUUCCCUCGCCGUGCUCAUCCUGCUCCUCAAUGUUUACCGCAGUCACAGUAUUACAGUGGCCAUGAAGGCUCACCCUCGCUGGGAGCCGCUGGAUAACGCACAUGUGUACUACGCAGGAGCAGCUCUCAUGGCGCUGGGAUCGGUGUUUGUGAUCAGCAGCUUCAUGGCUCUGGGCAUCACUGGCACUUUCUUGGGGGACUAUUUUGGCAUCCUCAUGGAUCACAAGGUGACUGGUUUCCCCUUUAAUGUGAUGGAGAACCCCAUGUACUGGGGCAGCACGGCCAACUACCUGGGCCUGGCCUUAAUGAGCGCUAGUCCUGUGGGAGUGAUCCUGACCGCUGUGGUCGGCUUGUCCUAUAAAGUAGCGAUCGCAUAUGAAGGAGCGUUCACUGAGGAGAUCUACCGGCAGAGGAGCCAGCGCUGCAAGCACAAGUAAAGACGCUCAGAUUCCUGAAAGUGUGGAUGCAGAAGAUUUCUGAUGUAAACACCUGCAGCAUUUAAACGACUGUGUCUGAUUGAUCUGUAUAAUAUUCUGAUGGUAUAAAGAGAGUUAACGAGCACAUCCAUGCUUAACACUUUUACCCGCAAUAUUGAAUGCAAACUGUGAAUGCAAUGACAAUCAUCAGCUGUAGCAAUCCAAUAUCCAGCUGCUGCUAAUCUGUAGUCUGCUCACAUAUCAUAACCAUGAAAGAUGUGAUUGUGGUUAAUUUCCUCGAUUCAUUCCUAAUGCAGGUCUGGGCUAAAACCAGCUGUUUUAGGGUCCAUUUCGUUCAUGUGAAUGUACGUUGCUCUGUUUUAUUUGAGGAUGCAUGUUUUUAUUUCCAAAAAGGUAAGAUGGCACACAUCCUGUUCUUUCACUUUGUACACGUUUCUUCCUUCUCUAAUGGUUCAGAUCAGAGAUUGUCAGCUGAACCCCUUAGAUGCCAUAUAUUUCCCCCUGAGAGCUUGUAUUCAAGAACGCAUUUGCAUCUUUAUGGCUCUCUGAUAUUGGUUAAUAGUCACAUGACAUGCAAUUAAUAAAAAAUUAAAUCUUU